UGUUCAUAAUAGUUUGGAAAGAGGAUCACAGGAUUUAGUUUUAGUUGGUUUGUAGUUUGGAAUCUAACCUUUUUAACUCAGGUAGUGUUGCCACAGAGCUCUACGCUUCUUAACAAAAUGGGGACAGACACUAACAAAGAUGAACGUAACAAUCCGGAGUAUUUAGCACAGUUACUAAAAGACAAGAAACAAAUACAAGCAUUUCCUAAUGUUUUUGUACAUUUGGAAAAACUUUUAGAUGAAGAAAUCAACAGAGUGAGAUUAUGCCUGUUCCACAACAAAUCAACGGCCCGAGAGCCGCUCAAUCUCCCAGACACUCAGGGCCCGGUGGUUACCCUCCAAGAGAAACUCUUCGUACCAGUCAAAGAACACCCAGAUUUCAACUUUGUUGGUCGUAUAUUGGGUCCACGUGGUAUGACAGCGAAGGAACUAGAACAGUACACAGGCUGCAAGGUCAUGGUCCGCGGCAAGGGCUCCAUGCGAGAUAAGGCCAAGGAGGAACAAAACAGAGGGAAACCAAACUGGGAACACUUGAACGAGGAACUACACGUCCUUAUCACGGUGGAAGACACGCGAAACAGGGCUGAACUUAAGAUAAUCAAAGCUGUAGAAGAGGUUAAAAAACUAUUGGUGCCUUCGCCUGAUGGGGAGGAUGACUUAAAGAAACGUCAGCUUAUGGAAUUAGCUAUAAUUAAUGGAACAUAUCGUGAUACAUCGAAACCAACAUCGACUCAAACAACGACAGCGUCGGCGACUCAAGCGGCACGUUUUAUCACGUCACCAAUGGCAGGAAUGACGGCAAUGCAGCAGCUCCGAUCUCCCACUCCCGCUGGUGCCCCCCUUAUCCUGGCUCCCAGAAUGCCCAUUGGCAUCCAGACAACGCAGGCAGCUUCAAAUGCUGCUCUGUCCAAUAUGUUAAUGAAUGGAGGCCCACCUCCGCUAGUGUCGCCAUCUGAGGCAGGAAACCAGGGACUCAUGUACAAUCCUUACGAAUAUCCCUUUAAUUUUACACCCGGAACAGCCAUCAUGGAGUACCCUACACUAGACCAGAGCGCUGCUGGUGCAGUCCCCAAAAUGCGGCGAACAUUAGCAGGCGUGCGGGAACACCCUUACGGGCUGCCAACUAACUUCUCAUGGGCGCAGUCUUCGGUCCAAUCAGCGCUACCAUCAUAUAGCAAGGCCAUUCAAAUGAUGUGUCCAAGUGUUGUUGAUAUGAACGGUCCCCUCUCGUUUAUUAAGAAGGACCAGGGUUAAGAUAUCCAAGGUUACCAUGGAAACACAGAAAAACCAGGUCCUGCUUCUUCCUGAUAGGGUUUACGCCAUUCUACAUAGAAAGUGGACGCCAUUUAUGUACAAAUUGAUUUUCUAAAGGCUCCAUGUGUUUUAAGUCCCAAAGUUUGGACAUAAUGUAAAGACUUACUUGAAGAUUUCAGUGGUACCUGCUCAUUGGUUGUCUUCCGCAGUGAAACUGUUUUGUUUUUAUAAAAAAUCACUGUUAGUUAAUGGAUGUGAUUAUUCAACACAUUUUUUAACAUUAACAGCUGCCUUGGCUGAAAUUGGUUUUACCUUUUCACCGCUUACAUGGGCAGAUGUGCACAAUAUUAAAGAAAUAAUACUGAUAAAUUGUAUGUACUCUUUGUUAGAAAAAAACUUUAACCACUAAACUUUGAAACAAAAACUGCUACUGUGUUUAGAGGCACCCACAAUAUUAUAGUUUUGAGACUAACAUGGCUGUUCUUUGUAGAAUCUGUUACCCAGUUAUUUGUGUACUCCAAAUUGUUAACUAAGUGCCAAUAAUUACAUUUACAUGUCAAUGUGCCUUGGGAUUCAUCACUAAUGUACAUACUAACUUCGUUUGUUUGGGUUACUUUUGGACACGCUGUUGUACUGAUAGUAUUUUGAAGAUAAUCAAUUCUACGAAAUGACUGACAAAAUAUGGUUGUGUUGCAAAGGGUAGAAAUUGAGAUUUUUGACACAAAUAAAAAGUAUUUGACAGCAUUUAUGAUAGAGAAAUGGUAAUAAAUGAAUUUUGGAGUCAAUUUUGUCAGUCAUUUUGGUUGUUAUAUGAGAUUCAUUGCUUUGUAAAGCAAACCACUUUCAUUGCUUUCACAUUUGCAAAUAUUACAUUUAAAAAUACUCAUGCUAUAGUUUUUGUAUUGUCUGAACCACAGAGGUGUACAUAUAUAUAUUUUGUUUAAUGCGAGUGUAGGAAUGUGUGUGUAUUAUUGCAUUUAUAUCAUUGACAAUAUAUGCAAUAUCAACAAUGUUGCCUCACUUUCUUCAGUUAUAUUGAUGUUAAUAGAUGUUUAUAUUAUAUACUUUCGCUCGUUUUAUUACAUUUUUGUAGGUAUAAUAAUUGUUGAUAUACAUUUUUGAUAUUGAUACAUUUUUUCAUCAUGUUAACUUUGUAUACAGUAUAUUUUCUUCUGAAUUAUUCAUUUUAUACAUAUAAAGGUUGAGUUUUUAUUAAACAGCUGCUUAAAUUAAGCAUUUAUUACAGGAAGUUAAAAAAAACUGAGCAUAAGAAAUGUGAAUCUCAAGGUAGAGUUUUUAACUUUCAUGGUGAUAAUAGUAUUUCAUGAAUUUGAAAUUCAUAGGCAAAGAAUCUCAAAAUGUGUGUGCUAAAUCUAACAAACCACAUUCUGAUAUUUCUGUUAUAUUUAUCAAUCUCCUUCUCAUAAACGUUCAGCUGAUUAAAACUUUUUAGUGUAAAAUGUAGCUAUUUUCCAUGCUCGUGGUACUUGUUAACGGUCAUUUGUAAAUUGUUACUAUAAUUAUGAUAAUGCAUAAUAAUUGCAGUUACUUAAGUCACUGUCAGCUACAGUAUAAAUUAAAACUCGUAGUGUAAACUGAGGUUAUUAUUCAUUGAAUGCACUUAGGUCACGCUUAAACAUUUGUUUGCUGAAAUUAUACCAUUUAAGCUUUUAUUAAGAAGAAUGUAGGUGUUAUAUAUGAAAGUUUCAUAUCUGAAAGCCCGUCCAUUAACGAAAGCACAUAUCAAAAGCUGCUUCUAGGUGUAACCCGUCAUAUCGUGAAGACCUCGCGUAGGAAAGGCAAUAUUUUAGGAGAUUUUUUUUCUGCUUGAUCAUCGUUUACCAUUGUUACUUAAUUAUUAAAGACCAUUUGUACUCUAUUGCUGUUUCUAGUGUUGUGAUAUUUUUUGCAUUCAAUUUUUUCGCUAUGCAAUUUCAGUUUUACAUGUUAAUCUACUUAAAUUGUUUGUUUUAAAUGCAGUCUUCCGUUAUUUUAUAGCGUUGUUAACAUUUUUUUUUUAAACUUUACAUUGUUGAAAUGUGGAAUCAUGAGAUUGGCUUAAAAUAUAUUCAUUGCCAGCCUAACAGGCAUAUCAGUAAAUGAAUCUUUAGUAAUAAAGAAGUUAUUAUAGUUAACUUUACAUGUCCGCAGAAAAUAAUUAAAUGCCUAGUAUUGGUGCUUUCCAGAUAGAGUGGGAAAUUGUCUUCCAAAUCAUUCAGAAACACGUUUUUUUUAUGUAGUAAAGCACCUGAAUUAUUCACAUCAUUGCAGUGGCUUAAAUAAAAGUUGUACUCAUGUGAUUCCAAACAAUGAGUAUCCUACUUAAAAUCUAUAAGAUUUAAGAUUGCCUUCAUUGAACAUCAAAAUGCGUUUUUGUGUUUUAAUUACAUAAAAUAUUUAAAUUUCUCUGAGUAAUCAGCUUGAACAUAAAUGUCAAAGACUUUAUCUUACUUUUUGUGUUAUAAUUGCAUUUGUUAAACUGAACACACUUAUUUUUAUUAUACGUAGAGUUAUUCACAUUUUGUAUGUUAUACAAAAUGUAGGUCAUGUGGUGACCAAAGGGAUUUCUUUGGCUUUGGGUUAAAAGACACUCACCAUAAUAAACAUCGAAGGCAAUAAGCAGAAAAAAAUAUUAUUAAAUGUAUUAAACCAUAACACAGCCACUGCAUUAAUGAAAUUAUAAGAAAUUUACUGUUUUGUUUGCAUCUAAUACUCUUAAUAAUACAAUUUUACUUGUUUAUAUUAAUGUUUUUGCAUAUAAAACAGAAUCGUCAUAUAUACAUAUAUACAGAGUAAUUUGAAAGGGUAUAUACCGUGUGUGUACAUUUUGUGUUGUUGAACUAUUGUAUGUUACCGUAUAUGUCAAACUAAGGGUAUAGUUACAAAGAGAUUACUGUAGUGCCUUAAUAACUCAAAAUUAACAGCAUGUUAAAAGUCACACUGCACUAACUCUGAUUGUGUGAGUAUACAUAAUUUUUUGUUUGAGUUUACUAACAUACUUAAACUUAUUUAUUCAUAAGCCCCAUGAACAAAAUGCAUACUUAACAAAAUUAACCUUUAAAGGGACUUGUUCACAUAUUUUAUGUUUGCAUUGUGCUUUUUUUUAAACUUUGUUAAAAAAAGGUUUUAAAAACUUCUUUGACAUAGGGUUAUUUUACUUACUAUGAAAAUUUUUUAAACAGCAACUGGCUAAUUAAACAGAAUUUAGUAAAUCCCAGCUUAAAAUGGUCCAUUCUUCAAUUGCCUUUAUAAAUUUUUUCGGAAAAAUAGGGCAUUUUUUAUCAAAUUUUUAAAUAUCAACAAUAUUGCUAUAUUAUGAACUGUUGAUGAAGUUUCAGGUCUUUUCUCCGUGAAAAUAAUCAGAUGUUAGAACCUAUAAAACAUGGACAAGUCCCUUUAACUUCGUUCUCCUAGUUAUCUGACAACUUAUUAUUUUGCUUCGUUGUGAAAAAUUCAUAUCAGCAUCUUUUGACAUUUAAAGUUAUUUAUGAUUUUUGGUUAAAACCAUUGACAGACGCAUUGAAUUAAUACAGUGAAUUCAAAUUUAUUCAGAAAUUAUAAAUAUUUUGUAACAUAAGAAACUCUUUAAUUCAUUUUGCGAGAACUGAAGAACUUGGUUGAAAACAUUAGAAUGUUGUGCUGUGUAUAAAAGCAGUUCCGAGUGAAUCUCAUUUUAAAACAAGUUAUUACUCAAUUUAAGUUUUGAUAUUUCAUAUUUUGUUGCUUUAUGUUUUCAUUAUUAUACAUACUUAUGAAUACUUAUAUACAGUAGUUGGUCAAUUAUUGGAACAAGGGAGUGACCUGAUGUAUAGUCUUUUCUAUAUAUAUAUUUGUCAUAAAAACAGCAAUAAAGAAUUAUCAUUGCUAACUACUAGUUUUCCUUUCUUACUAACUUGAUACCAUAUUAACAUUGUACAACCCCUUGUGACAGUUUGAAUUUGCUUAAAAUACUCACAACAGUAUUAAUUUCAGAUUUGAAAUCCGUACUGACUUUAGGGGUGCAGACGCUUUAGAAUUUUACAACCACUGCAUGACUAUGACAAAACCAAUAACCCGCUUUGUGUAGAUAUGCAACUGCAAACACUAGAAUCAGUAUGUAUCUGAUUUAUGUUGCCGCAAUAUUGUGAUUGUUCGGGGUCUUACAGGGGCAGUGUUCAUUCAUGUACUUCAGUCUUAUAGUGGCUCGCUUGUGUUAAUAACUGAAUAUUUAACUUGACAAUCAGAUCAUGAACACUGUCCUCUGCAGAACUCUUUGUAACCAUGACGUGAAGCACCUGUUGUUUAUCCCCCACACAUGUGACACAAACCUAAUCAUUCUUCAGUUUUGGAGGUAGAAGGGAGACAACUCUAACAGGUAACUAAUUUGACACAAACUCCAUAACCAGCACUCUUGCUAACACUGAAGUGAUCUUGUUUCAUCCCUUAACUAACUUGAUCCUAAACAAGGCCAUUUUCAGCUUAGUCGUUGGUGUUGAAGUGAGGAAUAAAAAUGGCACUGAUGCAUUUAAUUUACAACCAUUGCAAAAAUGCAACGCUCUUCAGGGAUUUGAAUCUCUUGUGAUGAAUUGAUGCGUUUUUAAGGUUGACAUGGUGAAAUUUAUUUUGUACAGAUUUUUUUUUAAACAUCAGAAUCAACUAAAAAAUUAAAAAGAAUGCAAAAACAAUCAUGUUAAAUAACACAGGGUCUAUUAUUUUUUACUUUGUCUUUCAGUUAGCAUAAUUAGCCACCAUGACCUGACUAACAAAGGCAUAAUUCUGCAUGCGCUAUAGAUUUUGAAAUUCUUAUUUUGCUCAACUCUGCUCAACUAUAUAGACUAGAGUCUUUAAUGUUUUAUGUUAUACAUCUAACAUCAUUUUGUACCUUUUCUACAAAAUCUUUGUCAACAAAUGGCCAAAGCAUUACUAAUCUUCCAUGACAGUUAUAUAUUUCUCUUGUUAUAAAUGUUUUUGUUGCGUAGUUUUCAUUCAAGUGCUCAUUUAUUACAUGCAUUUAAGGUGCAUUUGUUUCCUCGUCGUUCUGACAAAUGCGAACCUGUCAGUAAUGCAGGCAGUGACAGUGUAUGGCCCUUGAAGCAAUGAUACAAUUAUAAUCUUCAUAUUACUCGACACUGUCAUCUAAAGUGAAGCGAAAAGUAUUUAAAUAAAUCGUUAUAACACUAGGUUUAACUUUUUUGUUGGCAAUUUUACGACCAUAUGUUUAGGGUCAAUAUUGUGUCGUGAAACAUGAGAUCAUUUUUAAAUGUUUUAUUUCAGAUACUCUGAGCUGUUUUGCCUGCAUUUCUAAGUCAUACAUUUUUCAUGGUUAUUUCCUUUGUAAAUAUUUUGUCUGAUAUUUAAUGAAUUGCAUUUACAUACAUAUAUAUUACCGAAUGUGCCUUUACAGUUUUAAUGGCCAAAUAUUUCUAUUGUGAAGAUGGACGAUUAUUUGAAAACUUAACAUGCAAUGCGGUUGUUGAUAAAAUAUAAAACUGCAAUGGCUAUUAAAAUCUGAGGAUUUGGGACAAAAAGUGGUCAGCGCUCGCUUACAUCGAAGAUGAGUUUGAGUUUUAUUAGCUCUCAUAUUUCAGGCAAUAGAAUGCAUGAUACAAUAUGCAUUCUUUCAAAAUGUGUGCCUUCAAAUUGUUUCGGAUAUAUUACAAUCUUGCCCAGGCAUCUGUGAAAGAUACCAUAUGAAGAUUAUUCAUCAGAAUCUCCACAUUUUAUAAGCAUUUAUUGUUAUAUGGAAUAUUCAGUGUUCAUUACACUGUGAAGAAUGUACUUUUUCAGAUUUUGCAUAAAAGAUGUAUUGUCA